AUGUCCAGGAACAUGUCGUAUGUGGCUAGGGAGGACGGUGGCUUCCUGAGUGCUUUCCUGCGAAACCCGUUCCACGUUCCUCAAAUGGUGCAAAGCUUAACGCCGAAUAGCCGUGACCUCACAGCCGCACGAUCCGGCUCCAACGAGGCUACUCGUGGUGACAAGCGACAAAGAUUUCUACCAAAGUACCUGGCUUCGAGGCCUGUGAGGCACAGAGAACCUGAGAAGAGUGGGGACCGGCUCAGCCGUCCAGUGCCGUCCUCGUCGCUUGAGGCUCUGUCUGCCUCAGGCCACAAAGGCAUCGAACUCGGAGCUUGCACUUCGGGAAUCCAGAAACCUUCAAUUGAUCACAUCCGCCCGAGCUGA